AUGUCGGACGCCCACAACGAAACGAUCCGUCGGCCGUUUGACGAGUGCAACGAGAUCAGCAUCUACUGUCCCGUCGAGGCCACGGUGCUGGGGUACUACCCCAACUUUGGCGCCAACAUCUUCUUCGCCGUCGCCUUUGGCAUCGUCACCAUUGUCUCUGGCUACAUCGGCAUCAAGAAGCGGACAUGGGCCUACAUGGCUGCCGUCACGGGCGGCGCCCUCCUUGAGACGGCUGGUAUUGUUUUUUCCUUCCCCAUCUACGUCUCUCCUCAGAACGCACCAGGAGCACUAACAACGAAGCAACAGGCUACGCCGGGCCGCGUCCUCCUCAACGACAACCCCUGGAACUCGGACGCCUUCCAGCUGCAGAUCUGCGCCAUCAUCCUGGCGCCGACGAUGCUCUGCGUCGCCAUCUACCUGACGCUCAAGCACGUCGCCCUCGCCCUGAGCCCGCCGCUGUCCCGCAUCCGCCCGCGCCUCUACCCCUGGAUCUUCCUGCCCGCCGACCUCUCGUGCCUCGUCCUGCAGGCCAUCGGCGGCGGCAUCUCGGCCGCUGCCGGCCGCACCAACGCCACCCUGCUGAGCCACGGCAACCGCAUGAUCAUCUCGGGCGUCGCGCUGCAGGUCGUCGUGCUGCUCUUCUUCGGCAUCAUGGGCGUCGACUACUGGGUCCGCGUGCGCCCGCUGGGUGCGCGACGCGCCGACGCCGGCACCCCCGACCGAGGCCGCGCUCGCCGUGUACCGGGACGCAGGUUCAGGAAAAACCACAUCAUGCAGGACGAAAUCUCGUUCAUGAUCCUCGACGCCACCCUCGUCCUCGUCGCCGUGUCGCUGCUGACGGCCUUCCAUCCCGGCAUCUUCUUCCCGCAGAUGGCCGGCAGCAGGCGGGCCAAGGGCGGCGCUGCAUCGCCCGAGCAGGGCGUCGUCACCGAGUCGAAGAGCGUCGCGACCUCCUCCAAGGAGGGCAGCAAGACCGAAGAGUCGGGGAGAGAGUCGGCAUAG